UACGUUUCUCUCCCAAAUUCUCGCGAACUACUUUUUACGAGAAGACCGUGGUAUCAGCAACACAGGUGGAAAACAUAUACAUGUAUCAGAUAAUGUCAGCAAAAUCCAUUUACAGAUAUAAUUAUGGGUGAUUCAAGAAAUACUGACACACCUCUGAAGACAAUUUUUAGAGGACAGUCACUGGAACCGCAUUGCUUUAUCUGCUUUCGCUCCCCCUCAGGGAAGUUAAGGAAUAUAAUUACAAAUGUAGCCCUCCCACUCCCAGAGAACAAUGCUGUUUUACAGAAUAUAAAGAAGUGUUUAGACAUCACAUUUCAUUCCAUUUCAUUCCAGGAUUGCAAGAUAUGUUUAUCUUGCAAAAGACAACUAGAAAACUGUGUACAUUUUCAAAAUAUAUUGAAGGAAGCUAUCAACAGAAAAUCUACCUCGACAUGUUCAACAAAACGAAUGGCAUUUUCUCAGACACCUACCUUGACACCUAGUUCUACCAAAAAAGAAAAUACAGAUGAUGUGAACAAUAAAGAGAAUGUAUCUAUGAGGAAAACCCACUCUAAAAAGAAAAAGAAACUUCAGUUUUUGGAACUUGAAACAGAUGUACCAAUUGACACAAAUAAAUCUCAGAUGUGUCAUACAGAUCAUAACUAUGGUAGUCUUGCAUCACCAUUGGAUACAACACACCUGAAUUCAGUUAAGGCAAAACAAGAGCUCUUCUGCAAGAAAGACGACAAAACCAACCAGAGUCAAUGCUGUUCUGCAGAUGAUGUUUUCAAAAACAAAGUACUACUGUCUGAAAUUCAGAAAUUGAUUUUACUAGAAACUGAAGUCAUUGCUGAUAAUUUAUGUUCGUUGAACAUUCAACCAGGUCCAUCAGUCCUCAGAACAUUACAACAUCCAUCUCCCUUAAAAUCAGAGGAUAUUUUGCAUAAAUGUCUGCUUGAAUUUCAAAACUGUUUCCCAUUUGUUUUUAGAGUUUUUCAGACAUUAACAUCCCCAUUACAUGCUGAUCAACAGAAAACUGCUACUGGCAAUUCCACAAUUGCUAUGAUGUAUGCUAUGGCCAUGAAUAAGAGAAAUAAAGAUCUGUGUGCAAUGCAGAAGAUCAACACCUGUAUUGCCCUUCGCUUCCAUGCAGGUAAUGAUCUAUUAGACAUUUUUAACAAGACAGGUAUAACCCUUUCAGCAGACAGUAAAUACACAUUUCUGGACAAAAUGGGAGAUUUGAACACAGAGGGUAUUGUUCGCAGUAUUCAGUUGGGAAUAGGAGGAAAAGUGACAGUUGAUAAUAUCGAUGGAAUGACCAUAGCAAGAGAUGUUAGACUCACUGGGGGUAAUAAGCAUUACCACUACACAGCCUCUACUUACUACCCUGAUCGUGUAGAUUUGAGGGAUCUUGAGCAAUGCAUCACUUCUUCAGUUCCAGAGGAAAUUAAUUUUGAUGUAUUUUACCUCAGUGCGGAAGAAGAAAGCAAAUUGAAGGAAAUGUAUGGUUAUAUGGUUGGCCGUACCUUAGUGAAGCAUUUCAAAUCUAUGAAAUGGAUGCAACCCUGCAUUCCUUCACAUAUCCCUCAUCCUUAUAGUCAGCAGAUGUCAAGCAAGUCACAGAUAUUUCCCCUUAAGGAGAUGACUUUGAGACAGCUAAAAUAAUACUUGGAGGGGAUCAACUUGUUAGAGUAAGGAUGAGUGGAGCUAAAGAUCUUCUUGCUGGUGCUCACACUGCAACGGAAAGAAUGGAGAUUUUUGAUCCUGUUAUAGAAGAGCUGUUUCAUGUAGAACAGGAUUUUCUUGAUAAAUUGUUCAAACGAUUCUGCUCAACAAAGACUUCACGACAGGAAGGAAGUCUAGCUUUCUUCAAAUGUCAGCUGAGGAGGACCAACGUAAACGGUCAAGUAAAAGGAGGGUUCCAGGCACACAGUGAUUUCCUACACACAGUUGGUGAGGCCCUACUGAUUCAGCUAUGUAUGAAGAAAUUUUCGAUGGACAGCUUAGAGAGUGCUCCUGUUAUUCCAAAUUUAAGUCUGCCAGAAAACAUCAGAAACACACACAUUAAAACAAGAGAACCUCUAUUUUGGAAGGUUGUUCAAGAAAUUGUGAAUGAAAUAUUCAUGGAAUUUCAUAACCCAGGAUGUUUACCUCCAGUGCAGUUGGAAUUUGGUGGUAGUUCUGUGAUAAUUCCCAGAGAACAACUGUGCAAAAAUGGCUAUGUUGAUGUGAAAUUGCCAUCUGGGGAAGUUUUUAGAGUAUUUAAUUCACAUGAAACCACAGAUGACAUACAGAACUACUCUUUACAAUUACUGAUGUGGUAUAUCCAUUUUUGUGAAUUUCAGGAUGGCAUACGAGAAGGAGACCCUUUCAGGACCAACAUUAACUUAAAAAGAAUGAUUCCCUUCUUUUACAGUCAUUCAGAUCGAUCCAAAUAUGCAGUUGAGUGCAUAGAUUAUAUCCUCAAAACAGAAGUUCUAUUACCACAGCACACAGCUAUGAGAGUGAGACUCGGUAGUUUUGUUAACCCACAUGGAAAGAAAGGAGGAAAUAAGCCAGCUGACAUGCAACAAGAAAAUAACAUUCUUGUUCUCAAAGAUGUUAUAAAAGGUUUAGGAGCUAACAAAACAAAAAAAGCCAUGGAACGUGCAUCUGCAGCAGCUCCUGUUGUGGCAGAAACUGUAGAAAAUUAUAUGAACAAUAUUGGGUGUGUAUCAAGGAGUGGAAAACACAAUACAAAAGACAAUUUGGAAGACGUGACACUUCUAGUCCAACUUUUAAGUCGAUUAGACCCAUUUAGUGUGAUUGAUAACCGCAAGAUGAAUUUUUACAGUGGUUUCAGGAAAAAUCCAUUCUCAGCUAUAUCUUCAGAUUUUAACUCCCAUCUUUUCAAAAUAGUUGAGCGCUUGAAAAGAUGUCAGAACAUUGACCUUGAAUACUACAACCAGUAACAAUCAACAAUAGGUAUGGGGAUGAGAAGGGAGUUGGGGGGGGGGGGUAAAUUGUGUCUGAUUGCAGUGUAUGAUUGCUGUUUGUAUUAUGUCAAAAUAAUGUUAUAUGUUUGGAUGUUUCAUGUAUUUUAGCUCACUUGAGCUAAAGUCUCAAGUGUCACAGCUUUUCUUAUCAAAAUUGUUAGUUGAAAUCAUUAUCUUAAUGUUUUCCUAUUUUUAUCACUUUAGAAUAAUUCUGCCGAUUUCAACCGCCAUAAGGUAUCUUUUGGACUACACACUUUUUAAGGGGAGAUAAUUUAAAACUAGUGAAUUUUAAUAGCAUCUUUUAAACAUCUUUUUCUCAGGAACCGCUAAGAUAGAAAAAAAAAAAUGAAACUCAUGUAGAAGCUUCAUUUAUAGUGUAGAUUCAAGUCAUGUUCAUGUCAUGACCUGCAGGGUAAGGUGGGGCCUUGAAGGGCAAUCAGUGUAGCAUAGAAAUAUAUAGGAAGAAUCUUAAGAAAUUGGAAAAGCAAUGAUUAGUCAUAUUUAUGGGAAAACAUCCUCAAAUAUUGUUGAUUCAAGUUUAUAGGAAAAAUCUUUUAAAUUUUUCUCAAGGCUAGCAAAGCCAUGAUAAGUGAAUUUUACUGUCAAGAGUGUUUUAUUAGUGUAGAUUCAAGUUUGUUCAAAUGACCCUCAAAGGUAGAAUGGCAAUGGCCCACGCUGUUAUCAAAACUUUACAUGUGAAAACACAAUAGGGCCAUGUGAUUGAGGAGAGAAAUGUGGCCAGUGGGCCUCUUUGUUAUAUGUAUUUAAUUGAAGAUAAUAUGUAGUAAAAGAAUAUAUUUCAACUGAAACUUCAUAACAAAUGUG